UAGCCCACAACAUUAUUUUGGCGACCCCGACGCCAGAACGAACGCCACGCCAUUAUUGGGACGACCCAGUGAAGGGAUCGAAGAACGCCAGAACAUUGCCUGAAGUGUUCGUGGAACAUUGAGAAGCCGAAAGUUUUACUUCGCUGUCAAGAUUGCAGAAAUGGAUAAAAAAAUUAUUAUAACUGGAGCAUCUGGUCUUCUGGGAAGAGAAUGUUUUAAAAUAUUUGAUAGUGACAAUGAAUGGACUGUGUUAGGACUGGCAUAUUCCAGAUCAAGUGACAAGUUGAAAAGAGUAGACUUAACAAACUUUCAACAAGUGGCCAGUGUUUUUAGAGAGUUCAAGCCAGAUGUCAUUCUUCAUGCAGCAGCUGAAAGAAGACCUGAUGUAGUGGAGAAAGAAGAAGAUAAAACCAAACAAAUAAAUGUUGAGGCUACAAGAAACUUGUGUCAAUUAGCCAAUGAAUUGGGGGCCUAUGUCAUUUUCAUCAGCACUGACUAUGUCUUUGAUGGCAGGAAUCCACCCUACAAGAUAACAGACAAGCCUAACCCAUUAAAUAAAUAUGGUUUGAGUAAAGCAGAAGGAGAAAAAGUUGUGAUGGAGUAUAGCUCAGGAAACAUUAUUUUUAGAGUACCUGUAUUAUAUGGAAGUGUUGAGAGACUUGAUGAAAGUGCUGUCACAGUACUGUUUGACAAAGUCAAGGACUCUAGUCAAUCAGCUGAGAUGAACCAUUGUGAGCGACGUUACCCCACCUCAUGUUCAGACUUAGCAGUUGCCCUCAAAAUUCUUAUGGAUAGCAGAAUUAAAACUCCAGAUUUAACUGGCUAUUUCCACUGGAGCGGCACUGAUAUGAUGACUAAAUAUGAUAUGGCUUUGGCAAUGGCCCAGUUAUUUGGACUUCCCUCCCACCAUUUAAUAGCCGAUGUCAAGCCUUCUACUGGAGCACCUCGACCUUAUGAUUGCCAGCUUGACUGUUCAAGGAUGGAAUCCUUAGGUGCCACUAAGAGAACGCCAUUCAAGACUGGCAUCAAAUCAGUUUUAGAGAAAUUUUAUCCUUGACCAGUAUUUCAUUAGCAAUGUUAAAUAGUAUUAAAUAGUAGUAUUUUUGGCAUAAAUCAGUCAAAUACUAAUCAUUCUAAUCCAGCAAAUUAUAUUUAUUAUGUAUUUUAAUUUCAUAUCAAGUGUGUGAGCUUUAAGCUCAGAACUGAACACUGACACAGUAUAGUUACAACAUUAUAUUGUGAUCUAAAAUACCAGUCUUAGAUUUAUGAAUUCAUACUAGUUACCUUGUUUUUUAAUUGAAAGCAUUUAUUUUCAUUGUGUUCAUGAGGUUAAAU